AUGGCGGAGGUCAAUGUGGAAGCGGAAGUGAUGGCGAGCUCUCAGAUGACCUGCGUCCCAAUGAGGCCUUCGACGACGUUUUCUGGAUCUAAGAAAAUGUGCAUGCACUGCCUCAUCGAGGAAGAGGGCAUCGUGCUGAUGCUGGGGAUCUUCGACGCCCUCUUCGCUGGCGUCCUACAGAGCUCCAGAUUCAAAGUUGGAUUUGUCUUCGGAUACAUCAUCUCCGCUUCCUGCCUUGAUCUGUACCUUUGUUUGCAAUUUCUAUUUGAAUUUUGGUAUUUUAGGCCUUUGGAGAUGGCCGAUGUUACUCAAGCGAUUUGCGCCGCGACUCCUAAUGGUGCGUUCAUUGUUAAUGCUGUUUUGCUGUUCGCCGAAGUCCGAACUUCGAAGGCUCAAGGUCAACAAUUAAAUCAGAAAAUUAGAAUGUCUGAUACUAGGAAGUAUCUAUCAGGACAUGAUAAGCGGAAAAAAAGAAAAAGAGUUGAAGAAUUUAUUGAGUCUCAAAGAGGGGCAAUUGACAGAUUUAUUGUCAAAGAAUCGAAAAAUUCAUCACUUGAAGAUUUGGUUAAUGAAGAAAAACAAGAAAACAAUGAUAAUGAAUUACAUGAAGGCUUAGCCAUUGAAAAUGAUAUAGAGGGAGAUGUGAAUGAGAUUGAAGACAAUGAAAGUGGUGAUGACUUAGACUUUAAAAAUAAUUAUUCUGAAAGUGAUAAUGAUGCUAUUAAUGAAGUGAAUGAAGAACCAAGUUCAUCAAUUCUACUUGACAUUUUUUAUCCUAAAAAUUGGGAGAAUUUAGAUCCCAAGUGGAAGGAUCAAUUAGUGGAAAAGGGCCCUAUAAGAGAUGUAUUAACAGGGAAAGGUCCUAAAGAUAAAUCAAAUAGACGAUUCUCUUCAGAUUUCUAUACUCGGAUUUUGCCAAAUGGUCAAAAGCACCAUAGAGAUUGGUUGGUCUACUCACAAGCACUUGAUAAAGCAUUUUGUUUUUGUUGCAAGUUGUUCAAAAGGGGGCCUCAACCAAGUCAACUAGCAAAUGAGGGAUACUGUGAUUGGGGGCAUCUUAGUAGCAGACUUAAAGAACAUGAGACAAGUAUUGAGCAUAUCAAUUAUUAUGUUAGUUGGUCUGAGUUGCGUAUCAGGUUAAUGAAGGGUACAACAAUUGAUCAUGCUAUUCAAGAUCAAAUCAAGAAGGCAAAAGAGCAUUGGAGGAAGGUAUUACAUCGAUUAAUUUCACUUGUGAAAUUUUUGGCUAAACAAAAUAUAGCAUUUCGUGGUAGUAAUGAGAAACUUUAUGAUGAUAACAAUGGAAAUUUUAUGGCUGCUGUUGAGAUGAUUGCUGAGUGGGACUCAGUGAUGAGGGAACAUAUUGAAAGAAAUACACAUCAUCAUUAUCUUAGCCACAAAAUUCAGAAUGAAUUGAUAUGCUUGUUAGCUUCUCAAAUAAAGAGUUCUAUUCUUGAAAUCAUUAAAAAAGCUAAGUUCUUUUCUGUAAUACUUGAUUGCACUCCUGAUGUUAGUAACCAAGAGCAAAUGACUUUAGUUAUAAGAUGUGUUGAUGUUUCUACAAGCCCAAUGAAAGUAGAAGAAUACUUUUUGGGAUUUUUAAAAGUAGAUGAUACAACAGGACAAGGCUUGUUUGAAGAACUGCAAAAUGUGUUGAAGAGUUUUGAUCUUGAUAUUGAUAAUGUGAGAGGACAGGGAUAUGAUAAUGGGGCAAAUAUGAAAGGGAGGCACCAAGGCGUACAAAAAAAAUUAUUGGAUAUAAAUCCCAGAGCAUUGUAUACUCCAUGUGGUUGUCAUUGUUUGAAUUUAACGCUUUGUGAUAUUGCAAAUUCCUGUGGAAAAGCGAAAGACUUUUUUGGAGUAGUACAACGGAUUUAUACAAUAUUUUCUCAUUCUACAAAGAGAUGGAAGAUUUUGAUAGAUCAUGUAACGGUAAAAGGUUUAACUCUCAAGCCAUUGUCAAUCACUCGAUGGGAAAGUCGUACUGAAAGUGUAAAAGCAAUGGUACUUCAAGCUCAACAAAUUAGAGAAGCUUUACUUCAAGUUGCAGAAGAAAAAGACACUGACUCUAAAAUAAGAAGUGAAGCUAAGUCUUUAGCAACAUUUGAACUUGGAAAUUUUGAGUUUUUAGUGGGUAUGAUUAUUUGGUAUGAGAUAUUGAGUAAGGUUAAUAUUGUUAGCAAAAGCUUACAAUCUGAAAACAUGCUUAUUGACGUUGCUAUGACCAAGAUUAAGGGGUUAAUUGCUUCUUUUGAAGAGUAUAGAGAAUCUGGAUUUGGACAAGCUAUCAAUACAGCAAAAGAACUUGCUUCAACAAUGGAGAUUGAUCCCGUUUUUCCUGAAAAAAGACAAAUAUAUAGAAAAAGACAUUUUGAUGAGGUUACAUAUGAGUCUUCGAAACUACCUCUACCUCAAGAAUCUGCUGAGGAAGCUUUUAGAGUUCAUUAUUUCUUGUUCAUAGUAGAUCAAACAAUUGGGUCAUUGAAGAAAAGGUUUGAGCAAUAUGAGGAAUAUGAAGAUCUUUUUGGAUUUCUUUUCACAGCUGAAAAGUUGAGUUCAUUGAUGGAUGAGGACUUGAAAGCUCCUUGUAAGAAUCUUGAAAGGAAACUACAAAGAAAAAAUGGUACAAGACAAGAUGUUUCAGAUUUGGAUGGAGAUGACUUAUAUCAAGAACUGAAAAUCAUACAACAUAUUCUACCAAAGGAAACAAAAACAGCAAGUGAAAUACUAAUUUUUUUGCAAAGAAUGAAUUGUUUCCCGAAUUCAUUCAUUGCAUACAGGAUAUUAUUAACUAUUCCGGUGACUGUCGCAUCUGCAGAAAGAAGCUUUUCUAAAUUGAAGUUGUUGAAAUCUUGUUUGAGAUCAACCAUGACCCAAACAAGAUUGAAUGCAUUAGCUAUGAUUUCGAUUGAGAGUGAGUUUUUAGAAAAACUCAAUUAUGAAAAAUUGAUCGAUGACUUUGCAAAUAAAACUGCAAGAAGAUCAGUUUUUCAUAGUUAA